GAAGGGCUUGAGGUCUUGACUACCCAGACGACUCAACAGAUCGCUGCCCCGUCCCAAAGCAUCAUCAGAGCUUAUGUGGCGCUGACGAAGCCGCGCAUCAUAAUGCUGCUGCUGUUCACGGCGCUAGGGGGCAUGUUCCUCGCCGCUCAGGGAACUCCUGAUGUCUUGGUAAUGGUCGUGGUGCUGGUGGCUGGCACUCUGGCUUCGGCGGGGGCAAAUGCGCUGAACCAGUGGUUCGACCGCGACAUUGACGAAGCGAUGAGCCGCACUCGCAAGCGUCCUGUGGUCGUGGGUACGAUUCCGAACAGUCACGCCAUUGCUUUCGGCAUCUGUACCAACAUUGUCGCCUUCGUAAUGCUGACUUCAAUGGUUAACCUUUUGAGCGCGGUGUUGACGCUGUGCGCCACGCUGUUCUAUGUGCUCGUGUACACGAUGGCUUUGAAGCGCACCUCGACGCAGAACAUCGUGAUAGGCGGAGCGGCGGGGGCGAUCCCGCCUGCCGUGGGAUGGGUCGCCGUUACAGGCUCGCUCGACCUGCCGGCAAUAUACCUGUUUGCUAUCGUCUUCUUCUGGACGCCGCCGCACUUCUGGGCGCUUUCGCUGCUGUUGAAAGAUGACUACGCAAGCGCGAAAGUGCCGAUGCUGCCGGUUGUCGCGGGCGUGGAUGUGACGAAGAAGUCCAUACUGUUGUACACGCUUCUGAUGCUGGCGCUGACGACCAUGUUUGCUCUGACGGGCGCUGUUGGAUCGGUGUAUCUGGUGAGUUCCGUCGUGCUUGGCGUGCUGUUCAUCUAUUAUGCGUGGCGGCUGAUGCGGCGUCCCGAUAUUGAAGGUGCUAAGCCACUAUACCUGUAUUCACUCUUAUAUCUGGCUCUGCUCUUUUUGGCGAUAAUCGCGGACAGCUUUUUCAAGGUGGGGUGGUACUCCUGGAUAUAG